AAUAUGUAUAUACAUCUAAAAUAGUUUUAAUCUAUUUUUCCUUUUCUUUUUUUAUUUGUAUUUUUCAUAUUUGCUUCAAAACAAGUUAUAUUGUAUUUUUAUUAUAAAAAUAAUAAUACAAAGACGAAGAAGAAGAAGAAGAAUAACGAGUGGGAAAGAAACAAAACGAAAAAAGAAAAGAAAAGGGAAUAGAACAAUUCGGAAACCAUUUAACUGUUUGAGACUGAGAGAUAAAGGAAUCAUGCCGCAUUCAAUAGCAAAUGAAUCGGUGGAUUCCCUUCAAAAUAAACGAUCCAAAUAGAUACAAAACAACAAACAAUAUUAAAUAAAACAAAAAAAAAACAAUUCCAAAUGUCGUACAACAAAUAAACGAGUUAUUUAAAUUGAAAGUGUUUUAGUUGAUUAAAAUAACAAAUUACUGUGACAGUGGCGGCAGCAACAAAACAAACCCCCCUCACAUUUCACUGAUAAUUUUAAAGAAAAAAUAACUUACAUCGAACACAACGAUCCAGUCAAAGAUCCAUUUUCAAGCAAAACAGAGAAAACAUAUAUUUUUUUUUUUAUUUAAAAUAUAAAGAGAAAUUUUGGUUCACAGUUCCCCGCCCAACUCAAAUGGCAGAUAACUAUAUGAAUAAGCGCAGUGCGUCAUCGCAUCAUGAUGUCUUUCGCACAUCGGCCGAACUUCCAAGACGUGGACCAUGUUUUUGGUUUUUUCGCGCCGUUAAAUGGAUUCCAGUGUUAUUUAUUGUAGCCGUUAUUGCAUGGUCAUACUAUGCUUAUGUUAUACAAUUGUGUUUUAUUUCGGUGCAGUCGAUGACAGAGCGUGUACUUUUUUUACUAUUUUAUCAUGUAGUUUUUAUAAUGUUUGUAUGGUCAUAUUGGCAAACAGUGUUUACAACAAUUGGCCGUGUGCCGGCAAAGUUCCGUAUACCUGCUGCCGAAAUGGAACGCAUAAUGCAUCCUGAUAACCCCACUGAACCAAAACGAAUUUUAGAGAUUUUUGCCAAGGAUUUACCCAUCAGUAAUCGUACAAUAAAUGGAUCGUUGAGAUACUGUGACAAAUGUCAAGUGGUGAAACCGGAUAGAGCACAUCACUGCAGUGUAUGCGGAACAUGUGUACUCAAAAUGGAUCAUCACUGUCCGUGGGUUAACAAUUGUGUCAAUUUCACGAAUUACAAAUACUUUGUUUUGUUUCUUGGAUAUGGUCUGUUGUACUGCAUAUAUAUUGCCCUAACUGUACUCAGAUAUUUCAUCGCAUUUUGGGAGGGUCAAUUGGAGAUUGGAGCUGGACGUUUUCAUAUUCUAUUUUUGUUUUUUGUGGCCGCUAUGUUCGCCAUCAGUUUAGUUAGCCUAUUUGGAUAUCACAUUUAUUUAGUUGCACUGAAUAGAACAACAUUAGAGGCAUUUCGAACGCCAAUAUUCCGAAUCGGAGGUGCAGAUAAAAACGGUUUCAACUUGGGACGAUACAAUAACAUACAAGAAGUGUUUGGUGAUGACAGGCGAUUAUGGUUGUUACCAAUGUUUACGAGUUUUGGCGAUGGAGUACAGUAUCCAGUGCAAAUAAAGCAUUUCCCUGGAAAUAUUGGCCACACAUCGAAUUAUGAGUCAAUGGGAAAUUCAUAUUCAUUAAAUAAAUUCGAAGAGAAUCGAACGCAUGAUACGAAUGACUUAAGAAAAAAUUUACUACCAAAUCAAAAUGCCGCUCAUGCUGAUGCGAACAUAGAAUCAACAGUAGCAACAAUGACGACGACGACGACGACGACGAUGACACCAAUGUCAACACUAUCAACAACAACUGCCAAAAACGAUUGUGGUGUCAACAAUAAUUAUAUUGAUGGUCAAUUGCCGGCCACCGCCACCAUUGCCGUCGUCAAUGCAGCUAAUGAUGAACUUACAAUUGUGAAUGAGGCGAGCAAACAAUGACGGUUAACAUUCGAAAAGAAUCGAUUUUAGAACAAAACCAAACACCACCAUGUAAACAUAAAUUUUAGAAUUCUAUGCCGCGCGACUAUCAAUCAUGCAAAGAACAAACAGAAUAUGUUGGCCUCUUUACAUACACACAUUCUGCGGACAUUCUGUCUCUCUCUCUUUCUCUCUAUCUCUUCCAAAUUAAAUCGCAAAUCAAUCAGCACCCGCUUUUCCUCAUUCUCAUCGAAUGCACACUUUUCACACCAUCAUUGUGUGUGUGUGUCUUUUUUAAUAUUGUAAAUGAAUAGAUUUUAUACCGAUAUAUUUUAGUCGAAUUAUUCAAAAUCAGGUUUCAUCAGUCCGGAAAAAAGACUAAAUCCAAAAUAUUUUUUUGUCUCGUAUACAAUUACAAUCAGUUUUUUUUGUAACGGCAUUGACUUAAAGAGUAAAUGGGAUGCAAAUCCGAUCCAUUAUAAAUAUAGCUUUUUUUGUACAAACUAGAGCGACUCUAGUUGAGUUGAAAAAACAAAAACGUAAACCAGAAUCCAUUUUGAUGAUAAGACUAAGUGUCCAGCUAAUGCAAUAUGGAACAAUUUUUUCCUAUUUCAUUACAAUGAAGCGAAUUUUUGUUUUUAAUUUUCAUUUUUGAUCAAAAUAGAUAAUGCAUGAUAACUUAAAAGUGUCGCAUAUGACGUGCAAGUGAAUUUUCAUUUAGAAAAAAAAUAGUUAGUAGUCAAAUAGUCGAAUUUUAUACAAUAGUUUGCACAUUAUCCACACAAUUCAGAUGAUUUCCUCCAUAUUUAUAAUCGAACAUUUUCAAUAUCACACAUACACACAUUCACGGCUCACGUGAUUGACUUUUGCCAUGGAACAAAGCAGAGAUAUUUUUUCUCAUUAUUUUUAAAUUCUUCUUUUUAUUAUCAUAUAAAUAAAGCUAGAAUUAGACAUCGAAAUUGAAAGAGAAUAUAAAAAAAUGCAAAUGCUAUGAUUAGUUGAUGGUAGCUAAGCCAUAAAGAAAUAGAAAAAUAAACUGUUCACAUCACGCAAUUUGUCAUUGCACAUAUGAUAUGAUAGAUGUUACGUUUUUACAUGUCCACCUACAUACACAUGCUAGAAACGUACUUUCUUUUUAUUUUAUUUUUUUUAUAGUUUCGCAAAAAUGCGAAAAAUUCUGUUUUUUUUAUUAUUAUUAUUAUUAUUUUAAUUUAUUCGUAGAGAUUCACCACAUUUAUAAAGGAGCGAAAUUAAACAAAUUGCUUAUUAUUCUUAUAAAACGUGUAAUAGAUUCAGACAAAUGCACACACAAACAAAAAUGCGAAUAAAUCAAGUUUUUUUUUUUGUAUUACAAAAACAUCAUUUUAUUUCAUUUCG